AGUUAUGAAUUCCGGGAUGAGAUUCUUGCACUUCGCUGUUACGUUCGGCACAGAUUGCACACAUCUUCAUUUAUUUCCGGAACCGGAAGAAGAGAGCGGUCAUCGCAGGAAGAAUAGCAAAAAACAACGGAAACAAGAAAAGUAAACUUUCUUCUGCCUGUCGCAAAACUAUAUGAAAAAAGAACAUUCUGGAGACUUUUUGGCCGCAUAUAUAGUUAUGAUUAAGGAUAUAUUAGGUGGAAGGAAAGGGAAUUUGAUGGAAUGUCACAGAAAUCUAUGAUGAAAGUACUAAUUUUGUCUAUCCUUGUUGCUUACCGUCUUAUUGCCUCAGCAAGAGGUGCCAUCCAAGAAAGGAAUUGUCACGAUCUGUGGAAUUAUCGAAACAUCCGAGAUUCGGGAAGCUACCAAAUUGACGUCGAUGGCGAUGGUCCUCUUUCUCCCAUCUGGGUUUCCUGUGAAAUGGUCGAGAACGACGAUCCUCAUCAAGUGAUGACUGUCAUACAUCAUGACUGUGAACGUCCUGUACAUAUUAGACAUUAUGAAUCUGCUGGUUCUUAUUUUCGAAAUAUUACGUACAAUGGCACUACCGAAGAACAUUUGAUAGCCUUGAUUGAGUCAUCUUUUUCUUGCCAACAAUACAUAAAAUGGGCUUGUAAAGGUUCUAUGUUUGGAUUUUGGUAUCCAGAUGCUAUCGAUAGCUGGUGGGUGGGAAGAAAUUGGGAAGAUCAAUACUAUUGGGGUGGAGCUGAAACUGACAGCGGGAGCUGUGGUUGUCAUCCGUAUUGUUAUCCAACAUCUAGAAAUAGUACAUGCAACUGCGAUUCUAAUGAGAAAUUAAAAUGGCUGGAUGAUUCAGGACUUCUUCUGGAUUCUAGACGACUUCCUGUGCUGCAGUUAAGAUUCGGAGAUACGGGAGAAUCGAAUGAAGCUGGAGAACACACACUUGGACCUCUCAAAUGUAGAGCUACUGGUCACAAAGGUGAGUACUAUACAGGAUUACGUACAAUACUGAAAGAGUGA